UUAGAAUAUAAAACAGUCGAGUAGCGCGCGCGCCGGCCGGUAGACGUGUGUUUAAAUAAAGAAUUCAAAAUGGCCGCCGUACGACCGAUUCUCUCCAACCAGUACUUCUUGGUGACUUUCUGCAGGAGAUCCUACAGCGCCAAGGCUGAUAAGAAUGUCGCCUUCUUGGGACUCGGCAAUAUGGGCGGCUUCAUGGCUGCCAAUCUAGUCAAAAAGGGCUUCAACGUGACAGGCUACGACCCGUCCUCCGAGGCUCUGUCAGCGGCUGCCAAGCACGGCGUCACGGGCGCCUCGUCCAUCGCCGCGGCGGUGGAGGCGGCCGACGUGGUGGUCUCCAUCCUGCCGUCCAACCAGGUCGUGCUCGACGCGUAUUUGGGCAAGGACGGCGUGGUCGCUCAUGCCAAGAAGGGUUCUCUGCUGAUUGACUCCAGCACCGUCGCCCCCAGCGUGCCCAAGCAGAUCCACCCCGUCGCCGCCGAGCACGGACACCAGUUCAUCGACGCACCCGUCUCCGGAGGAGUAAUGGGCGCGCAGAACGCCACCCUGGCCUUCAUGGCUGGCGGAGACAAGGCCCACUUCGACCGCUCGGCGCCGCUGCUGCAGGCCAUGGGAGCCAAGCACUUCCACUGCGGAGCCGCCGGCGCCGGCCAGGUCGCCAAGCUGGCCAAUAACAUGCUGAUGGGGAUCACAGGGAUGGCUACUGCUGAGUGCAUGAAUAUGGGGAUCAAGAUGGGUCUCGAGCCGAAGGUGCUCCUGGACGUGCUGAACAACUCCUCAGCCCGCUCAUGGUCCACAGAGGUGUACUGCCCCGUGCCCGGGCUGGUGCCCACCGCGCCCUCCAGCCGGAACUACGACGGCGGGUUCAAGAACGAACUUAUGGUUAAGGACUUGGAGCUAGCAUCAGGCAUGGCUCUGGGCGCGCGCUCGCCCAUCCCGCUGGGCGCGGUGGCGACCCAGCUGUACCGCGUGGUGCAGAGCCGCGGCUACGGACACAAGGACUUCUCCUACGUCUACCAGCUGUUGAGGGAGGAGCUGCAGAACAAGAAGUGAAAUAAAUAACGUUAUGGAAGGUUU